CUGAGCACAUCACAGAACACCAUCAAAACCAUCUUUCACUACGGAGGCAGUCCGCAGUUCCUCAUCUUUUCUGUCACCCACAUUUCCUGAAGAACACAGAACCGCUCCAAAAGCCUGUCAUCAUGUCUGAAAAAAAGAUGACAUCGAGCCGCAGGCAUCAACUCAAGAGUUUGCUCCUUGCUAUAGCCAAAGACCUGAUGGAGGCAGAGGAAAAGCAGACACAGGAAGAUAGAGUGACUUAUAUGGACGAGAAAUGCCCUCCUCUCUCUUUGCCUGGCUCUAUGCAGGAAUUACAGGAUCUGUGCAAACAGCUCCAUCAGAAGGUAGAUGUGGUGGAUGAGGAGAGAUAUGACUUGGCUUCCAAAGUGUCAAAGAGUGAUAAAGAGAUUGAGGAUCUGAAGAUCAAGGUUCAGGACUUGAAAGGUAAAUUCAAGAAGCCCGUUUUGAAGAAAGUGCGUAUGUCUGCUGAUGCCAUGCUGCAGGCGCUGCUGGGAUCUAAGCACAAAGUGUCUAUGGAUCUCAGAGCCAACCUGAAACAAGUCAAGAAAGAGGUCAAGGAGGAGAACAAGGAGGCUGUUGGUGACUGGCGUAAGAAAAUCGAUGAACAGGCCGACAUGGGCGGCAGGAAAAAGAUGUUUGAAUCCGAGGCUUAAGCAGGCAGCCUUUUAUUUUUGGACUCGUUUGUGAUGGCCCUUGCAUGUUUCACUGUCAGGAGUGCUUGCUUCUUAACAGCACAUCCAGCAAGCCAACAGUAACUACACCAAGACUAAUAUUCAGAAUGUCAUAUACAACAUGAAUCAUAUGUGGACUCACCUUAACAAAUAAAUGUGGGAAAAGACA